CCGAAGAGGGGCGCAAGCUCACUGCGUUGCGAGUCUCGGGGCCCCUCUCCGAGACUAUGGCGCUCAACAAGAAUCACUCGGAGGGCGGCGGAGUGAUCGUCAACAACACUGAGAGCAUCCUAAUGUCCUAUGAUCAUGUAGAACUUACGUUCAAUGACAUGAAGACUGUGCCAGAGGCCUUCAGAGGGACCAAGAAAGGCACCGUCUACCUUACCCCUUACAGGGUCAUCUUUCUGUCCAAGGGGAAGGAUGCCAUGCAGUCCUUCAUGAUGCCUUUUUAUCUGAUGAAAGACUGUGAGAUUAAGCAGCCUGUGUUUGGUGCAAACUACAUCAAGGGAACAGUGAAGGCUGAAGCAGGAGGUGGCUGGGAAGGCUCUACAUCUUACAAGUUGACCUUUAUGGCCGGGGGCGCCAUCGAGUUUGGACAAAGGAUGCUACAGGUGGCAUCUCAAGCCUCUCGAGGUGAAGCCCCCAGUGGAGCCUAUGGGUACUCUUACAUGCCCAGCGGGGCUUAUGUCUUUCCCCCGCCAGUCGCCAAUGGAAUGUACCCCUGCCCUCCUGGCUACCCCUAUCCACCGCCCCCACCUGAGUUCUAUCCAGGACCUCCCAUGAUGGACGGGGCCAUGGGAUACGUACAGCCCCCGCCACCGCCCUACCCUGGGCCCAUGGAACCUCCAGUCUGCGGCCCUGGUGUCCCCUCCACUCCUGCAGCUGAAGCCAAGGCCGCAGAAGCAGCUGCCAGCGCCUAUUACAACCCGGGCAACCCCCACAACGUCUACAUGCCCACGAACCAGCCUCCGCCACCUCCCUACUACCCCCCAGAAGAUAAGAAGACUCAGUAGACUCCUCAUGCCCCCUGCCUCCCGCCUCUCAUCGCUCUUUCCUUCCCCUCCCCUUGGGGCCUAGUCCGGCGUUGAGGGGCUGAUGUGAGGGCCGUGUUCUUCUUCCAGGUCUGACUAUAAAACACUUAGCAGGAACUAGCGUUGAGGCAAGGAGGAGCCCCUUGACUUGGGAGCAUUGCCUCGCAGCUUCCCACCCAGCCCAGAGCCCAGGCACUGCUCAGCGCCCUUCCCUCCACCAUCACUGGGCUCUCCUCGGGCACGCGGGGCAUCCGCCUCCUUCUUGGCUUGCUCUAGCAGCUUCUACCCACAGAGGGACUCUCUGGCCACCUCCUCCACUGCAGUCCAGCCCCUCGUUUUGGUAGCCACUUGAUACUCAGCCUCCCGAGCUCCAGCAGACCAGCCGCGUGUCUUCCCGAGGGCCCCCGCCAGGCCCUCCUCACAUUCCCUCCACUCUGGUCUGUGCCUGGCCCAGGAAGCCACCUUCCCAGCAGACUGUCAGCUCACAUUCCAUUCCUAGCCAGCCUCCAGCCCAGUCACACACGCCUUCCCUUCCCUGUCCUGUCCUUGCUCAUUUUCUGGCCACCACUGUGUGACUUGGGGAGCUUUAUCGUGAGCUGCCAGGGGGUAGGUGGCAUGAACGCCAAGCCACUGCAGCUGGGGGAGGGAGCCCCCUGUUUCCCUGCUCGUGUUUCUGGAAUUUGGUUCCCUUUGUCUUCUCAUCCCUCUAGAAGGGGCUUCUCGGACUGGAACUGGAGAAUGCAUGUCCAUCCCAUCAUGCCAUUUGGGGGCUGGGGACAGGGCCCCUGACUCCUGGGGCCUGGCCUGGGGUUGUGUGCUGACCACGACCUCUCGCCAGCCCCUUGGCCUGCCCCCUUCCUUUAAGCUUCAUGCCUGGUUGGCGAUAUGUCCCCUGGAUGCACUAAAAUUUGUUCUCAUUUGCUCCUGGACUGGCCGUGAAAUGAGGAGAUGGUUAUUUAAAGAGAAUUCCCUAUUUAUUUGACCAAAAAAAGAAGCCAGUUAAUAUAUUAAUGUGAAAUAAACCCUGUUUGCACCUUGAUUUGUUUGCUGCAAAUGCGAAGUAGUAAAAAUGAAGUAACGAC